UCACUCCAUGACCUCGCCCUCCCCUUCGUCGUUAGGACCCAUUUCUCCCGCCGUCAGCAGGCUGAGCCCCUCCAUGCCCAGAGCAGCAAAACCCAGGUCGAUCCCGGGGGCCUCGGGAAUGUCCGAGAACAUCUGGAUCACACGGUGCAGGGCGUCGAUGAAGCAGUCGAUUUCUUGCCGAGUGUUGUAGACAUAGAGCGAGGCCCGAAUGCUGCCGGCGGCGCCCAGCAGGCGAUGCAGUGGCUGAGUGCAGUGGUGGCCAGCCCUCACUGCAAUGCCCUCUUGGUCCAGGAAGGUCGACAGGUCGGACGCGUGGAUGUUGUCGUGAUUGAAGGCCACAAGUGCAGCCCGCGAGUGGCCUUGUGCGAUGGGGUCAGGGCCGUACAGCCUCAAGUCAGGGAUGUCACCAAGGCGACGGUACAAGUAACUCGACACGUCCUUCUCGUACUCGGCAAUCUGACCGACGACACAGCCAUAGAUAGAUAUUUACUGAUAUAUUGGGUAAUUGAUUUCUCGUCGAGUGCGUACGUUGUCCAUUCCCAGUUUGUUGAGGUAGUCCACAGCAGCGCCCAGGGCGACCGCCUGGGCAAUGGGUGGCGUCCCAGCCUCGAAGCGAGACGGAGGGUCCAGGUACGUCGAGUGAUCGAAAUACACGUCCUGAUGUGAUGCAUACAUCCAUACAUCCAUCCAUCCAUUCAUCCAUUCAGCCCAAUCAGCGAAGGACAGAUGCGAUGCAGGUCUGUUUGUUUGAUACGCUGGCGUGGGCACGUGCUCCCUGACCUCAAUCAUCUCGCCUCCCCCCAUCCAAGGCGGCAUGCUCUCGAGCACUUCAUAUUUGCCAUACAGCACACCAAUCCCAGUGGGCCCCAUCAUCUUGUGACCAGACGCCACCAGCCAGUCGCAAUCCAGGGCAUUCACGUCGAUCUGAUGAAUCAACAGCACAACGCGACAUGGAUAGACGGCAUCAAGCGGGGCAACGCUCUUCCGGCCUAGCUAGCCUGAUUGCCGAAGUGUGCCCAUGCCUCUCUCUGUGUGUGUAUGAUAGUGUCUGUCUUUAGUGAGUGAGUACCUUCUUGUGGGGCACUGCCUGACAGGCAUCGACGAGAACCUUGGCCCCAACAGCAUGGCUCUGGCGGACGAUCUCUGCGAUAGGGUUGCUGCAGCCGAGAGUGUUGCUGACAGCCACUAUACCCACCAUCUUGGUCCUGGGCGACAAGAGCGACUCGAACGAAGACAUGUCCAAACACUCGUUCUCGUCCAUCUGAACCCAUGCAGCACAGAACCGCACAAUAUAUAUGGUGACAGAUCGAUCGUGUGGGAGAGCCAUCCAUCCAUCCAUCCACGACGGCAGAAAGGCCCCCUCCAUUUGUGCUGACCUGUAUGUAUUUGAUAGUAGCUCCCUUCCUCUUGGCGAGGAGCUGCCAUGGGACGAUGUUGCUGUGAUGCUCCAUCACACUAAGAAUGAUCUCGUCGCCCUCACCGAUGUUCGCCUCACUGAGCGGCACCAGCAGAAGGAAGGAAGACAUCACGGUGACCAUGUGCACUCCCCCCCUCCCUGCCUGUCUCUCUCUGUCUGUCUGUCUGCGGUCAUUCCUUCAUGUGGUUACCCACCCCCAUGUUUGGGCGACAAGGUUAAUCCCCUCGGUUGCACCUGACGUAAAGACUAUCUCCUCUCGCCGCCGGGCGUUGAGAAAAGCAGCCACACUGGACCGAGCUGACUCGAACGCCUGACAACCCGACACCCCAUUCUCUCUGCAAUCCCUGUCAUCCAUUGGCCUCCCCGACGAAUACAAAGUCGGUCGAUACAGACGUAAGGUACAUACCUCAGUCGCCCUCAGGGCCAGUGUGUGCGCGCCUCGAUGCACGUUCGAAUGUUGGUGCUGGUAAUACCUCUCAAUGGCCUGAGUGGAUGGACAACAAACACAACGUUUAUCACAAAACAUGUCCUUUCGUCCUUUGCCGCCAAUCAAUGCGGUGAAGCCUUUUCUUUCUUCCUACCUCUAGGACAGGCUUCGGCAUGUGAGAUGAUGCUGCAUUGUCGAAGUACACCAACGGCUUGCCGUCGAUACGCUCAUCCAAUAUCUACACGACAGUACCAGGGAGAAGCAGCGAGAGAUGACUGACAGCAAUGACCACCCUUGUCGUCUUCCCUCUCUGUGUGCUGUGCCUUGAUUUGAUUGAUCCGUCCGUUCUCACCGGAAAGUCUGAGCGCAGGGGACUGCCGAGAGUGGUAGAUGUGGGCGCUGCUGCAACAAGACCUGCCAGUGGUGAUGCAUGGCAGGGCGUGUGGGACCGACUCCGCCACCUCCUCAACACAUGGUUCGCUCGCAAGACGCGGGAUGGGGAACCGACGAAGGCAGCACCGGCAGCCGAGAUCAACAACCCACAGAAAAGGGCUGUAGAGGUAGGAACCACCACAGUGGUCUGCAUCACGGUCAU